UUAAAAUAAAAUAAAAAAAUUCCAAAUCAAAAGCGGCCUCCUUCAUUCCCCCUCUCUCUAUUUCUCUGAUUCCUGAUCGAAGCAAAGCAGUGAACAUGAGUGCCCAUCUCUCUCUUCGCCACCGCUCUUUCACUUACCUCAAUCGCCACCUCACAUCCUCACCCUUCUCCACCACCACCUCCAAACUCCCCACCCUUUACGAACCAGCUGCCGCCGCCACCCAAAACGACGACGUCCCCACCACAACCCUCCAACUCCUCUCAUGGGGCAGAGGCGCCUCGGGCCAACUCGGCGGAGGAAUCGAAGAACUUCGUCUCUACCCAACCCCUGUGGCCAACCUCGUCGUUCCCGCCUCAUCCUUCACCCUUUCACCAACCCAAGGCCGAAUUCAAAUACCCAAUUGCUCAGAAACAAAGAACAAUGCCCAUGAAAGUGUUGUAGAGGUGGGUAUUUCUUGUGGGCUUUUCCACUCGUCGCUGUUGGUGGAUGAAAAGCUCUGGAUUUGGGGUAAAGGUGAUGGCGGUCGACUUGGGUUUGGACAUGAGAAUUCUCUGUUUCUGCCCACUUUGAACCCACAUUUGGAUUCGGUUCGCUUCGUAGCGCUUGGCGGAUUGCAUUCUGUUGCGCUCACCUCCCUCGGCCAGGUCUAUACUUGGGGUUAUGGUGGUUUUGGUGCACUUGGACAUUCUGUUUAUACUAGAGAAUUGUUCCCUAGAUUGGUGGAAGGCUCAUGGAGUGGGAAAAUACAUCAUAUUUCAACUAGUGGGACACAUACUGCUGCGAUCACGGAAUCAGGAGAACUUUAUACUUGGGGUCGAGAUGAAGGGGAUGGUAGAUUGGGACUUGGUCCUAAUCGGGGCCCAAAUGAGGGUGGUGGACUAAGCAUACCCUCCAAAGUAAAAGCAUUACCUGUGCCUGCGGCUGCUGUUUCUUGUGGAGGGUUUUUCACAAUGGUACUGACAGAAGAUGGGGAACUUUGGAAUUGGGGAGCAAACUCUAACUAUGAGCUUGGAAGAGGCAAUAAGGUUGGUGGUUGGCAACCAAAACCACUUCCUAGUCUUGUAGGUGUCCGUAUCAUUCAGAUAGAAAGUGGUGGAUAUCAUUCUCUUGCAUUAACUGGUGAAGGUAAAGUGCUUUCCUGGGGACAUGGUGGGCAUGGUCAGUUGGGCAACUCUUCUAUCCAAAGUCAGAAAACACCUACAGUUGUUGAGGCUUUAACUGACGAGCGUGUCAUCUAUAUUGCUUGUGGAGGUUCAUCUUCAGCAGCUAUAACAGAUAAAGGAAAGUUGUAUAUGUGGGGAAACACCAAAGAUUCUCAAUUAGGAGUUCCUGGGCUUCCAGAGAUACAACCAUCCCCUGUUGAAGUCAAGUUCUUAAUGGAGGAUGAUGGAUUGGGACCCCACAAUGUGCUGUCUGUUGCAGUUGGUGCUUCUCAUGCCAUGUGCUUGGUUUCAAGGGAUGGAAUGUCCAACUGAGCUGAAAUGGAGGAGAAAAUGGAUGGAUGGCUAUGAUUCAGAGGUUAAACUGAUUCAAGAUGAUAAAUAUUAUUUCAAGUGAGAAAGACAGUAGACUUCUAGCCAGGGGAGAGUGAGAGACGAACAAAUGCUAUACAGGAGAUAAAAUGUGAGCGCAUUUGAGUGCCAGAAGUUGCUGCCCCUACUCCGUCUGGCAUUAGUACCGCAUCAAUUUGCGCAAAACUCUAUGAAACCUCCCUUUGAAAUGCAAUGGCUCAAAGCCGUUCUGCAAGGAUAUGCUGACAAUUGACAGAACUCAGUUAUUGUAAACACAUGAGAGAUUUCCAGGUUCUUUAAAUUAUUGGCAGAGAUGGUAGGCAUCUUGCUGUAUAUUAAUGUAGUGCCCCAUUCUCUCUCCGAGUUACUAGAAUGCCCCAGGCUGGGACUUUGGCCCAACUCUUUACUUCGUUUUUGUACUACUUUUGACUGGGGCUGUUCAGAA